CAUGUUUUCAAAGUCUUGCGCAGUAUUUGCCCUCGAGCAGAUUCUCAUCAUCACUUCUUUUAGUGCCUGUUCACAACACUUCAUUGUUUAGUCCGAAGUGCAGUUUGGGAAAAUCUGAUGUGCUCUUGCACCUAUUUGUGGGCCCGCUAAAAAUAGGCUCUUGCUGGCAACACAUGCACGCCUAUGAUAGGAAGGUCCAGACCAGAAGUUUUCUUCGCAGACACAAGCUCCGAAGAAACUCCGACAACAUUACAAAGGGGUGGUUAAAGAUUAGUGGAUUUUGCAUUUUUGGUGAAUUACCUCAAGGCACAAUGACGUCCAGGAGGCCGAUGACUCGCUCUUUUUCUGCCAAUGGGCGAAGCGGCAGCUUUGGCGAAGAGGAGAGCAGCUCUUCAAACGGCCGCGCCGAAAGCCGCAAUCAUUAUCUCUCGAAUGUUAGGCCGGAAAACAGCUAUUCAAGGUAUUCUCACUACAGGCCAACGAGGAGUACGCUGUGCACUGUUAUGGCUCAGCUUACCGAGGACGUGCAACCGUGCUUUGAGAGCACCUUAAAGUCCAAGGCUGUAUCGGAGAACUGUAACGUCAAGUUCACUUGUGUUGUAUCAGGUUAUCCAGCUCCGGAACUGAAAUGGUAUAAGGAUGAUAUGGAAAUGGACCGUUAUUGCGGACUGCCAAAAUAUGAGAUCCACAAAAAUGGGAAAACGCACACCCUGCAUAUUUACAAUUGCACAUUGGAUGACGCGGCUAUCUAUCAGGUGUCGGCGAGCAAUAGCAAAGGUAUCGUCUCCUGCUCGGGGGUAUUGGAAGUGGGCACCAUGAGCGAGUUUAAGAUCCACCAGAGAUUCUUCGGCAAGCUGAAGCUAAAAGCCGAGAAGAAACGUAAAGACUUGGAAGAACAGAACAAGAAGGGGGUCAGAGACAAUAUUCCCACAGAAGGACCACGCGUUAGUCCCGAGGCACCUCCGAGGAAACGUCCAGUUCCGCCAGCAGAACCGAGCCAGGCGGUUAAUGAGCUUGCAUUUGUGGCGCAGCUGCGCUCUGCUGCCAAUGACGUCAAAGAAAUAGCCUCUGCAAUACCUUUGGACAAAAGUCUGGAGAAGGACAUACCGGCCCCUGAGGAACUCGUGGCCAAAAAGAAACUAAAGAUUACCAACGGCGUCGACGGCGGCGUUAACACCGCCGCAAACGGCAGCAACAGCAGCAGAGGCCUUACGAUAACAAAUGGAGGUGUAAACUGCUAUGACGGUGGAAUCAGUCUGGCGCAGUUUUUAUCCGAAACUCACAGACAAACACCCGAAGAGAGCGACAACCCAUCUCAACUGGAAAAUCCACAGGACGUAGGUAUCGAAAAUGCCAGUGUAGAGAACGAAGGAAGACUUGAGAAGGAAGAGAAAGAGCAAGAUUUCGUCUCGGAAAGGGAGAAAGAAGCGUCGCAUCCGACAGAGCACCCGAAACAUCACAGAAAGACUCCGAAGGAUCACGAGCAUCAUAACGUUCAGUCAUCCUUCUCCUCCAUGUUGCACACGGUCAAAGAUUUCCUCUUUGGGAAGGGGAAGAAGGAUUCUCAUGAAAACAUUGAAAACAAAGAGAAGGAACAUGACCACCUUCCUAAGUCCGUCCAGCCUAAAUCGACACAAUCACAAACACCGCCGUCGUAUCGACUAUCCAAGAAGCAUCGGGCGGAGGUGGACAAAGCUCACACGGACCAAGUUGUACCGAUGGAAACCGAUAAGCCAAAAGAGCCUUCAAAAUCUGUGGAUGUAAACCAAUCGUCAAAUCAACUCUCCAAGGCACAAGAAAAUAAAGUUGAAGCUGGAAUGUCAACAACGAUUGCCCUCGGGAGCCCAAAAGAGCCUAGUGGACAAAGUAAUCAGGAGGCUGCGGUUCUGGUGGAGAACACGGAGGUAUCGGCAGGUGAAAAGAUCAGCAGUCCAGGCCAACAAACACCAUUGUCCGCUCUUCAAGUUCUUACAGAGGCUGAAGACAAAUCUCUAGAUACCUCGGUAACUUUACCACAACCUUGUCACCCUGCAUCUUCAACAAAAGACGAUAAGCCUCGUUUCCCACACAGCCAAAGUUUCCUUCCGUCGUCCAACUUCGAUAACCAAGCUCCGCCUUCCGGAGUUAUCUCAGCGACAGUCACGAGUCACCUUUGUGUGAUCCCCACUGAGGCUUUGCUACGGGGGGAGAUAAGCGUUGAAAAGACGGCUAAAGACAAUCAACCUGACAAAGAGGUGAACAAAAAGAAAUUAAGCGUGGAAAAUAAAGUGACAUUCAAAGAUCCACCUCAUCAAAAUAGAAACAAACCCGAGUUGGCUGGAUUAACACCGACUUUGCUGGAAAAGGGUAAAGCCGACAAAGAGGUCAACGACCCUCCCGAGAAAUUAUGUGUGAAAACAGAAGAAGAAUUCAAGGAGCUACCCCGACCCAAUAUCAACAAAACCAAGGUGGCUGUAUUAACGCCGCCCGACAAAGAUGCAAACUACCCUACCAAGAAAUUCUGUGUAGGAACUGAAGAGAAAUUCAAGGAAGAACCUCGUGCGGAUAUAAAACCCAAAGUGGCUGUAAUUACUCAGCCUUCACCAAAGGUGGGUAGAUCUGACAAAGACGUAAACUGUCUUACCAAGAAAUUAUCUGUGGGCACUGAAGAGAAAUACAAGGAAGAACCACAUCCUGAUACAAACAAACCCAAGGUGGCUGUAAUAACUCAACCGACACAGAAAGUGAGCAAACCUCACAAAGAAAUAAACAACUCUCCCAAUACUGAUCAAAAACUAACACAUCUACCCCGUCCUGAUAUACUAACUUUGCUGGAAGAGACGGUGAAAAUCAAAGCACCCAAUCUUAUCUCUGAUAUGGAAUCAAGCGGUUCACAGAGCCAUUUCUCAAAACAGGACACCAAAAGUGUUUCGCUGACUCAGGAAAUGAAUGUUGAAUUUCUGUCUGCUGCAUCCCCCAAGGUGGUUGACCUAAAAAUGUGGUCUGAAUGCACACCUGCUUUCGCAGAAGAAAACCCCAACCAGAGAGUGCUACAGAGUGUUAGAAGCCGGGAGUUUGAAGGUGCGAGAAAGGAAGGGGUCACCGAGGCUCGACUUACAGAUAGAAAAGAAAAUCGGAGCAAUCUUAAAGACCAAGUGCCGCCUAUUGAAACUAACAACAAGGUUUCAGAAAUAGAAAAAAAAACACUAGCGGUAGUCAAUGAGCCAAACAAGGAGUCAGUUGCAGACAAGAAAGACAAUGAGGAAGCUAAAUUAAGUCUUUUGGAAGAAAAUUCAAACAUGGUGCCUAAAGACCGUACUGUAAAACAGCAAAGUCUGUUAGACCCACUCAGGUCAGAUGUCAAAGAACCGAGAAACACAACAGAACACAUUGCUGUCCCAAGAGUUGAAAUAACAGAGCCUCAAGCCAAGCACUUUACUCUACCGCUAACUAUGCUAGCACUCAAAAAGCUAGAAUCAGAGCCAAGUAUUUUAGAAAAACAUUUAAAACCGCAACCUAUCGGCCGGGAAAUGAUUGAUUCUUCUGGUUUGUUAACAAAUCAGAAACUUCUGGAUCAUAAGCCAUCAGCCUCGGAUGUUGCGACGGAUCUCGAGCAGUUAGACAGCAAGACGGAAAUAAUUGCGGCUAGUAUGAAAGGUAGUCAGCUGGUCAACUCCGCAACUAUUCCCCGAAUAAAUAUUUCAUGCAGCGAUGACAAGGAAGAUCAUAAAUUGCAAAAGACGCAUAUUCCAGAUUCUCCACAGCCUUUAGAAAUGUCCAAUGUGCCUUUGUUUGUGGUACCGCCAAUAUCUGUCACUUGUCACGAGAAUGAGAGUGAACUGAGGAAGCCCAUUGCCAGUGAGUGGAGAGAAACUGAAACUUUGGUGGUCACACAGGCUGUAAAACAGCUUGGCACCACCACAGAACUGUGUGAAGAAACGUCAGAUCAAAGGUUAACAGAGAACUUGUCUUCUUUGCCAAAUGAAACUGCACAACCCAAGAGGAAUGAUAGCAACCAUCCGUUAAGUAGAACCACAGAGGACAAUAGUUCCUUUGAAAUCCUGAAGGCCAAACCUUUAAAACAGGCUAAAAUUGACACUUCUGUAACCAUUGAGGACUUCCUCAGAACUAAAGCCCCUGUUGAGAGACUCACACACAAACCCCCGACUCACCCAUCCCUCAGUCCCGGCAGUAUCCGUAAAUAUAUGUCCAAAGUCGCCGCAGAGCUCGAGAAUGAUGCCGGGAUUACGGUCCCCGUCAUCACAGUGGACGACCGUCAGAGCGAUAAGGCGGAUGAAGACACGAGCGGCGGCUCGACCCCGACGUCCUUAACGCCCACAUCGUCGCUGUCCUGCGAAAGCAGCCCGAGAUUGAAACGAAGGGACAGUCUUUCGCUUAUACGCUCCGCCACGCCCGAGGAGUUGGCCUCGGGAGCCCGCCGUAAAAUCUUCAUCCCGAAACCUAAAGAGGAUGCGGAUGCAGGUGUUGUUGCUCUUGAAGGUCAAAAGAAGGACACCCCCUACUUGUCACCCAGCCAGGCUCGCAGAGCAGCUUUGCUUCAAGCUCCCGUAGGACAAAACACCCCUCCAAUGGAGAGGCGCUCACCGCUAAUGAAUCGCAGGAAGGUCACGUUGGAGGUACCCAAAGUGGUGGAGGAUCCGCCCAAACAGGAGACGACCAAAGCUGCUAAAGAGGAGAAGGUUGCUGAAAAGAAGUUGGACCCGCUGAAAGCUCCGCAGGUCAUCCGUAAGAUCCGAGGGGAGCCUUUCCCCGAUGCCUCCGGACAUCUUAAGUUGUGGUGCCAGUUUUUCAAUGUUCUCUCCGACUCCACUAUUAAAUGGUUCAGGGACGAAGAGGAAAUACUGGAGGUCAACAGAAGUGCAGGGGAUGAAAGUCAAGUGGCGCUUGCUAUCGUUCUGGCCGCAAGCCAAGACUGCGGCGUGUACGGCUGCACCAUCCAGAACGAGUACGGCACGGACACCACGGAUUUCCUCCUCAGCGUAGAUAUUAUGUCUGAUAUCCUUCUCAGAGAUGAUUUGGAAGUUGGAGAGGAGAUCGAGAUGACACCACUGGUGUUCACCAAAGGCCUGGCUAAUUCCGGCAACUGGGGCGACAAGUACUUUGGCCGCAUCGUGACCGAGAUGGCGAACCUCGGCGAGGGUUGCGGCCAUAAAGCCAGCAGAGUGAAAGUCAUCUACGGUCUAAAUCCCGUCUAUGAGUCCGGGAGCACAUGUAUCAUCAAGGUUCCUAACCCAAUCGCCUACGGGAGCAAGCAGGAUAACAACCUCAUUGAAAGAAAUCUCGAAAUGACCAAGCAAGAAUGCAAAAUUCAGAACAUGAUCCGAGAAUAUUGUAAGAUAUUUGCAGCUGAAGCUAGAAUCAUCGAAAACUUUGGCCCUUCACUAGAAGUCCUCCCUCAAUACCUGAUGUAUCGACCCGCCAACUCUGUACCGUACGCCACGGUGGAAGUUGACCUGGGGGAGAUCUUCCUCAAGUACUGUGUGAUGGAUGCUAAAGGUUGCCUGGUUACGCAAAGUGCUUCUGAGAUGGAACAGAAAUGCAACACCUUCCAGCACUGGAUUCAUCAGUGGACCCAUGGCAAUUUACUCAUCACCCGCAUGGAAGGAGUUGAAACAAAGAUUACAAAUAUUAGAGUGGCGACCAAGACAAAAGGCUACCAAGGCCUGACGGACCGAAGCUCUUCAGAAAUUUUAGAACAGUUCCCAACGGUCCACCAGUGCAACUACUACUGCGGACUUCUCGGCCUGCCCCCGCUCAAGACUCAGGAGCAGCAACAGAGCACCAAGGUGAAGGUCUCCAGGAGCCCUUUGCUUAACCGCAAGUUGUCAACAGGUUCCGGCAGCCCGCAGCCGCACCGUAAAGGACACAGCCCUCAAAUGGUCAGGAAGGCCAACGUAAGCCCAAAGGUGACCCGGAAAGUCCAGGAGACUGAGGACAACGAGUCGGACGGCAAACUCAAGCCUGCGGAAACUACUGACGCUCUUGAAAUGAGCUCGAUGCCACGCAAACAUACAUUGGCAGCUGUAACCUAAAAGCUGCCAAUUCAGCAUGAUGCUGUUAUCUGAAGCCGACCCAUGGACGCGUUGGGCAAAGUAGGUAAACGAGCACACUCGGGUUUUCGCUCUCUAUGCAAAGUACAACCUAUUUGGAUUGUUUUUAUUUUUUUUUAAAGCUGGGAGUAUGCAGGCUUCAACAGUGACAUUUGAUAUUUUUCACUUUAGUUCAUAAUUUAAAAUUCCAAGCAGAAUUAGCAUGGAUUCAUCAGGAAUUUGGUUCUUGGUUAAUGGUCACUGCAAGUCAGCAGCUGGCUUAAAAAAAUGAUUUCACUUUUUCACUUGCAUGGGAAGAAAACCACAGCAGCGGAUAGUUCCUGUAUUUCAGUCUUUGCUGACUAAAGGACAAAAAGUUGGAAUUGGCCCAAAUGGGUCCGAGCAAUGUACGUUUAUUGUCAUGUCAAACAAAUAUAUUUUGUAUUUUUAAUAAAAAUCUAAAACAUU